UUCCAGCCCCUCUCGUCUCCUCUGCUUUUGCCUUUCCAUUUGGUUCUCUCUCAUCUAGUCGUUUCCUCCCCGUCGCCGACCAGUCCAGAGUCCACCGCCUCCGCCGCCGCCUCCUCCUCAACCUCGCGCAACCAACCUCGAACCCUAGCCCUUACUGCUCGGAGUCCCGGUUCCCUGCGGGGGAGCACCCGCCGGAGCGAAAAGCAGCGGUUGCCUGAAGGAGGAACAACCCCCCUCGCCGCUGGAGUAGGGACCAGGAGAGGGAGGGCUGCCCUCCGCGCGGGGAUGGACGACGGAGACAGUGUCGUCCGGAGCGUCGACAGGGCCGGCGCCGCCCCGGGCGACGACGGCGGCGCCACGCCGCUCCCCGAGACGGUUCAAAUUGGUAAUUCACCUACCUACAGACUUGACAGAAAACUUGGAAAGGGAGGAUUUGGGCAAGUAUAUGUCGGUCGCCGUAUUUCCUCUCCUAGUGUCAGUGAAAGGACACCUGGUGCAAAUGCUUUGGAGGUUGCAAUAAAAUUUGAACAUCGAACCAGCAAAGGUUGCAACUACGGUGCUCCUUACGAGUGGCAAGUGUACAACACUCUUAGUGGAAUUCAUGGCGUGCCAAGAGUACACUACAAAGGGAAGCAGGGAGAGUAUUAUAUCAUGAUUAUGGACAUGUUGGGACCAAGCCUCUGGGAUGUUUGGAAUAAUAACUCCCACUCUAUGUCUGUUGAAAUGGUUGCUUGCAUUGCCAUAGAAGCAAUUUCCAUAUUGGAGAAGAUGCAUUCAAAAGGGUAUGUCCAUGGAGAUGUAAAACCUGAAAACUUUUUGCUCGGACCUCCAGGCACCCUAGAAGAGAAGAAACUUUUUCUUGUUGACCUUGGUUUAGCUACUAGAUGGAAAGACACUAGCACAGGAGAGCAUGUUGAAUAUGAUCAGAGGCCCGACGUCUUUAGGGGAACUGUGCGUUAUGCUAGUGUGCAUGCCCAUUUGGGAAGAACUGGAAGCAGGCGGGAUGACCUUGAAUCCCUUGCAUACACACUUGUUUUUCUUCUGCGUGGGCGCCUACCUUGGCAAGGAUAUCAGGGGGAGAAUAAAGGUUUCCUUGUUUGCAAGAAAAAGAUGGCAACUUCCUCAGAAUCUUUAUGUUGCUUCUGCCCGCAACCUUUCCGACAAUUUAUCGAGUAUGUCGUGAACUUAAAGUUUGAUGAAGAACCAAAUUACGCGAAGUGCAUUUCUCUUUUUGAUGGCAUUGUUGGUCCAAACCCAGACAUAAGGCCAAUCAAUACAGAUGGUGCUCAGAAGCUUAUAUAUCAGGUAGGUCAGAAGAGAGGCCGCCUUAUGAUGGAGGAAGAUGAUGAUGAGCAACCUAAGAAGAAGAUUAGGAUGGGGAUGCCUGCGACCCAAUGGAUUAGUGUUUACAAUGCCAGGCGGCCUAUGAAACAGAGGUAUCACUAUAAUGUUGCAGACAGUAGGUUAGCACAGCAUAUUUCAAAAGGGAACGAGGAUGGCUUGUUCAUAAGCUCAGUCGCCUCUUGUUCAAAUCUGUGGGCUUUGAUAAUGGAUGCUGGCACUGGAUUUACUUCUCAAGUUUAUGAACUUUCUCCAUAUUUUCUUCACAAGGAAUGGAUAAUGGAGCAGUGGGAGAAAAACUUCUAUAUAACUGCACUAGCAGGUGCAAACAAUGGGAGUUCACUAGUGGUCAUGUCAAGAGGAACACAAUAUGCCCAGCAAUCCUACAAAGUAAGCGAUUCAUUUCCCUUCAAGUGGAUAAACAAAAAAUGGAGGGAGGGUUUCUAUGUUACUUCUAUGGCCACUGCAGGAAGCCGGUGGGCAGUGGUCAUGUCACGUAAUGCUGGCUUUACAGCUCAGGUUGUGGAGCUUGAUUUCUUGUAUCCAAGUGAGGGUAUCCAUCGGCGUUGGGAUAAUGGAUUUCGCAUCACCUCGACAGCUGCAACAUGGGACCAGGCAGCAUUUAUCUUGAGCAUCCCCAAGAGAAAGCCUGCUGAUGAAACACAGGAAACCCUAAGAACAUCUGCUUUCCCCAGUCAACAUGUGAAGGAUAAAUGGGCGAAAAAUCUGUACUUAGCUUCCAUUUGCUAUGGAAGAACAGUGUCAUAAGGUCCGCCAUGCUUGACUGGCACUCUCUGUAGAGUUUAUUAUAUGGACUAUUGAAUAGAUUUGGAAUUUUGAAGGGCGACAAUAGUUCUAAUUUAGCACCUAUAAUUAACCAGUCUGAUAGAUGCAGAAGCCUGCCUCUGUUCCUUCAAUAGUUGCCCUAGCUGCCUAGCAUGGUUGUAACAAAUGUACGUUGCAGUGGUUGGGUGUUGCACGAGCUUGUCCAUAGAUUGCUAAAAUUGUUUUGUUGUAAGUUGUAAAUUUGAUUAGUUAUCAUGCAUAUAGUUUCAAGUUAAUAUUUAACCCAGAAGGUAGGCACCUAAGUUGUAUAAACUAAGUUGUCUCUUUGUCUUGUCCUGUUGCUUUUCCAUGUUUGGGAAUUUGGACCCUUGUAGCGGUACCUUGAUUCUAUAGACCUCAGUUAUCUUACAAUA